GGCAACGACCGGGACGGAACGUUACCCGCUGGGCGUGCUGGUUUCCUUAGAAACGGAGCCGCGCCGGGGAGGCGGUGGAGAAACGAGGGCUACCUUCGGGCCCCUGGUGAAGCCAGGAUGCCGACCAAGGGAAAGGAUAAAAGGAAAGGCAAGAGUAAAGGCAAAGGCAAAGACAAGAAGAAGAUAAUAAAAGCUGAUGAAUCUGCAGUGGACAGAGCCAAGGCCAAUGCCUCCCUUUGGGAGGCCAGGCUGGAAGUCACAGAACUCUCUAGGAUUGAGUAUCGUGAUACUUCCCGGAGACUGGCAAAAAGUAAUGAGGACUUAAAGAAACAGCAGUAUAAAAUGGAAAAAGACACAAUGUCUGUAUUAAGUUACCUGAAGAAGCAGGAUCAGGAAAAAGAUAAUAUGAUUGAAAAACUGAAACAACAAUUGAAUGAAACAAAAGAAAAAGCCCAAGAGGAGAAGGAAAAAUUGGAACAAAAGUAUACUGUGCAAAUAAAUGAGCUGGAGGGACAGUUCCAUCAAAAAGCCAGAGAAAUUGGCAUGAUUCAGACAGAGCUGAAAACAAUAAAACAAUUCCAGAAGAGAAAAAUCCAAGUGGAGAAAGAAUUAGAUGAUCUGAAGGAGAAUUUAAGGAACACAGAGAGGAAACAUCAGGAGACACUUCGAAGACUGGAGGGCAGGUUUUUUGAAGAAAAGCACCGACUAGAACAAGAGGCUGAGAAGAAGAUAAUAAUGUUGGCAGAGAGAGCUCAUCAUGAAGCCGUUGUGCAAUUGAACAAUGCUGGAAGAUCUGUUUUUAAAGAGAAUGUCUAUCUCCAGAAAGCUCUUGCAUACCAUCUGAAGGAAGCUGAUGCUCUACAAAAGAACUCCCAGAAGUUGCAAGAGACUCAGACUUUCCUUUUACAUCAAAAGGAGAUCAAUGACCUGUUGGUUAAGGAAAAGAUUAUGCAACUUAGCCAGCAAAGAUUGCAAAUCCAAACUCUUCAGAAGAAGGUGGUAAGCUUGGAGACUGCCCUGAGUUGUAUGACCAGAGAGUUUGAGAUUGAAGUUUGUAAAAUACAGCAACAGGCAAUGAUAGAGAAUGAAGCAGGGCAGGUUGAAAUUGACAAGCUGCAGCAACUUCUCCAGAUGAAGGACAAAGAAAUGAAUCGAGUAAAGAAGCUGGCCAAGAACAUACUGGAUGAGAGAACAGAAGUGGAAAGGUUCUUUUUAGAUGCUCUACACCAAGUGAAGCAACAGAUCCUAUUUAGCAGGAAGCAUUAUAAACGGGUAGCACAAGCUGCUUUCAAUUUUAAAAUGAGAGAGGCAUGUGCAGGAAGAACAGAAUAUCCCAAAAUCCGAACGUUUGAUGGCAAAGAGCACAGCACCAACAGUGUGAACCAAGAUCUUAUGGAGGCUGAGAAAUGGACCGAUAUUCAAGGAAAUGUGGAUAUUGGAGAUUUGACCUGGGAGCAGAAGGAGAAAGUCUUGAGAUUGCUUUUUGCAAAAAUGAAUGGUUUUGUUCCUAGCAAUCACUGUGGUUACAACUCAGGAAAUACAGCCAGCAUUCUAGGCCUCCAGUUCCAGACUAUGUUGUUCUUGAUGGAGAGAGAGAGGAAUCUGGGGAUGACAGUAAGCUUCAAGAUCAAACCUUCAUCACUCAGCAAGUACCAAUCUCAGACUCUUCUGGUGAAAUGAUGAUACCCAGUAUUCAGAAAGGAUCCCGAGAGUCUGACAUAGGGACUUCCUGACAAGCCCUGCUGAGCAACGUAUGACCCCACAAACGCUACUGGCAGGCCCUUCCCUGCAGAAUCCUUGUUCCUGAAUAUGUUCAAGAAACUUUCUUAGAGGAAAAAACAUUUUCUUACAGUUACCU